GAUCAUCUUGAUCGGAAGUAGGUAAUUUGAGUAAUCUUAGACCUCGAGGGGUAAUUCUUUCAUCAAUGUAUUUUUUUAGGGUGGCUAUUUCCCAUUUUAAUUUGAUUUCUGAGGUAAGGGAUCUUUCUAAUUUAAUAAAAAGAUCUUCUUGGUUAAAAAUAGGGUAAUUUAUCUGAAUUGGGCUGAUUACCUCUGUGUCAAAUACAUUUUCGACAUCAAUAAUAUAGUUAUUCCUGUAGUCAAAUAUAGACAUGAUGGGAAACAAGUAGAAAAGCUGCUGACUCUAGAGGGAAUUAUACAAAUUGCAAAACAAAGGGGGGAGAAGAGUCUGCGCUAAACCGGAGGAGCAGCAACCCUAUAAGGGAAUCCCUCAAGAAACCCUUGUAGAGACAAUAAAAUACAAAAAGGGGGGAAAGGGCUGCGCUAAAAAAUAAUUAAUAGACAAAGUUCGUCUAAAAAAUGGAUAAAAACAGUCUCACUGAUAUGUGAUGGUAGGGUAAUAUUCCUCAGGUGUUGAUCCGUCCGUGUGGUGGCAGAUAGUCCAUAUAUGUGGAAAAAACAGAUAAAGAGCUUCCAAUGGUGAAAUAUAGUACGUUUAGGUGUGAUGUAUAAAUCAAGAGAAAAGUAUUCCACUCACAUUUGUUGGAGCUUGAACCAGCUCUAGGAGAAGAGGCACUUAGUGGUUUAAUCCCCACUAUCGGAUAUACUUUAGUGAUGGGUCCGUCUUUCACAACUUUGGAUUUCCUUGAUGUAGGCUGGAACCUGCUCAGAUGUGUGUAGUUCUAUGGUGCUUGGGGAGAUAGGUCCGCCUCUCCAGUUUGGAAUAAUGGGUAUCCACGAAAUAUAUAAAACAGUAGAUAGUGCUCUCAGUAUGAACAGUAAAAAUAUUUUAAGAAAAUAAGUUAUACUUACAAGAAUAGAGCAGACAAAUACUGCUCUAUUACCACAGCGCUGGUGGAAUUAUCCCCACCUGAGGAUUUCUUUUGACAGGAUACACUUCAGGGUUAUGGUGUUUUAAGAAAUAAAAAUUAAAAAUAAAAUUUUUUUUAUAAAAAUAAAAAUAAAAAAUAAAAAGAUAUAGUAUAAAAACAAUGUAUGAAAGUGCCAGGAGUAGUUGAAAUGUAUAAAAUACAAUAAAAAUAAGUAUAAGAUUGGUCCUCGUAUAAAAGGCUAACCAAAAAUAACUUUUAUUGAUUUAAAAUACACUUUUUAAAACCAUUUACGCGUUUCACCUAUGAGGUUUUUUCAAAAUGGUAAAAGAACAAUACACCUGGCAGAGAACAGAAUUUAUAAGUUCAUACAGUAAUUGAAUUUGGCGCCAAAAUUUAGUGCACCAAUCAUAUUCAAUGAUUAAAACCGAACGAAAAUUACAUUAAGAAAUGAGUAAAAGACCAUAUAAAUACAAAGAUUUAAGCCUGAUUAGGCUUGGGUAAUACUAAUUUUAUAAAAACGAAGCUUUUAGAAAGUUUUAUUUUAAGUUGGUCCCGAUCACGUGAUCGGGACGUGCCGCGCAUGCGCGGACCGUCUGAAUAGGCGGAUCGCUUAGAGAUGUAAACAGAGGGCUCGGUGGCCGGCAUGGGAGCGCAAUGCUCCAUGGGAAAUGGAGUCCUGCCGGUCAUCGAGCUCUUAAGGGCAGAAAACAUAAGGGAUUGGAUUUUAAACAGUUUUACAGCAUUCCAAUAGAAGUAUUUAGCAGAAUCCAUUUUACAAUCUUACAGCAUUCCAAUAGAAGUAUUUAGCAGAAUCCAUUUAACAAUCAGGAUAAUAAUAAAGCUGCAAAUGCUAAAAAUACACAUACUGAAAAUAUAAAUACAGAUAUAUAAAUGUAUUAUGUAAUAUAUAAUCUCUGCAGUAUAAAUGCACUAAAAAUAAUUUAAAAGAUAAGAAUUCCAUAAAAAAUGAAACAGUAAAAGUGGGUAUUGUUAUAAAAAAUUAUGCAGAUCAAAAUCUGCAUUAAGUCCAUUAGGUGUUAAAGUCUGUAGUUUAUAAACCCACUCCAUCUCAAUUUUACCUAAAAUAUUUUUUAUAUCUCCUCCUCUCCAAGGUAAUGAGCAUUUUUUUAUACCCAUAUAUUUUAACAUUUUUGGGUCUUUGUUGUGGAUUAAAAAAUGUUUGGAUAAAGAGUGGUUUAAAUAACCAUUUUUUAUGUUCCUACAAUGCUCACCUAAUCUGAUUUUUAAACAUCUGGUGGUCAUCCCAACGUAUUGGAAACCACACGGGCAUUGUAGUAAAUAGAUAACGUUUUUGGUGUUACAUGUUAUAAAUUCUUUUAUUUUAAAAGUGGUUUUGGUUUUGUUUGAAGUAAAUUCUGUUAUUUUUGGUGGCAUUGUAGGAUCAGCGGUUUUACAUACAUUACAGUUUUUGCAUUUAUAAAAGCCUAGAGAUUGCGGAAAAAAGGAUACAGAGUUAUUAGAUUUAGUUUCUUUAGUAAAAUUGGUGGUUAGAAUAGAUUUAAAAUUAGGAGCCCCUCUAAAAAUUACACUAGGUUUUUCUGGAAUAAUCUUGGAGAGUUUUUCAUCGUGUUCUAAAAUGUGCCAAUGUUUCCGGAUAAUCUUUUGUAUUUCUUUACUCUUAUUAUUAAAAUUAAAGAUGAUAGGGAGGGAUAUAGAGUCGUUUUUACUUUUGAGCUUAUACUUUAAAAGCUCAUCUCUAUUUUUAUUUUUUACCUCAUUGAUAUUCUCCAAAAGGGCUUUUUCUGGGUAAUCUUUCUCCAUAAAUUUGUUUUUGAGAGUAUUAGCUUGUUCUUCAAAAUUUUCUAGUUGUGUGCAAUUUCUGCGUAGUCUGAGAAAUUGACUUUUCGGGACACUGUCAAGCCAUGGUUUAUAGUGGCAGCUGUUCUUGUCAAUCACUGUGUUUACACAUACUUUUUUAAAAAAAGUUUUUGUAUUAAUUUUACCGUUUUUAAUAAAUAUAUUGAGAUCUAAAAAGUUUAUUUGUUCUCUACUAAACUCGUGGGUUAAAAUUAUACCCCUAUUGUUAGUAUUAAGAACAUUAAAAAAAGAGAUAAGAUUGUCUUCGGAUCCAUUCCAGAUAAAAAAAAGAUCAUCAAUAUAUCUAAAAUAUGAGACCAGGGUUGCCCUUAAAUUGUCCCCAUUAUAGAUAACUGUAGAUUCCCAAUCUGCCAUAAACAGAUUGGCAUAGCUAGGGGCAAACCUGGUACCCAUAGCUGUUCCUCUUUUUUGGAGGUAAAAGGAAUCUAAAAACCAAAAGUAAUUGUUUUUUAAAAUAAUAUUAAUACCCUCUAAAAUGAAAUCUAUUUGUUCUUCCGGAAUUCUAUCUUCCUUUAAUAAAAUAUUUUUGAUGGCUUCACAUCCAAUGUUGUGGGGUAUAAUUGUAUAUAAUGAUUGGACAUCACAAGUAACCAGGAUAAAAUUGGGGUCCCAUUUAAAAUCAUUUAAAAAGUUUAAAAGAGACAUAGAGUCUUGAAGAUAAGAUUUCAUUUUUUUAACGGCAGGUUGUAAAAGAGUGUCUAUAUAUUGGGAUAGGUUGCAUAAAAGCGAAUUUAUCCCUGACACUAUUGGUCUGCCAGGGGGAUUAGUGUCAUUUUUGUGUAUUUUUGGCAGAAAAUAUAUUACCGGGAUUUUUGGAAAUUUUUUGUUUAAAAAGUUGUACUCUUGUUUAGUUAAAAUGGAUUGAGAUACACCUUUGUUUAAAAAAGUUAAAAAGAGAUUUUGAAUGGUCUUUGUUGGAUCUGAUGGAAGUUUCUCAUAGACAUCGGGGUCGUUUAACUGUCUAUGCGCUUCCUCUAUGUACAUGGCACUAGAUAGGAUGACUAGACCACCUCCUUUGUCGGCUGGUUUUAUCACAAUAUCUUUGUCUUCUUGUAACUCUCUAAGUGCUUUUCUUUCGUUGUUUGUUAAAUUUUGUGUAUCAUAUUUAUUAGUCUUUAACUUAUUUAGAUCGUUUGUAACUAGUUUCUCAAAAACAGAUAAAGGGGCAGUUUUCAUAAAAGCUGGAUAAAAUUUAGAUUUGUCUUUAAAAUGUGUGUUAAUAAUAUGUUUUCUCUGGGAGGGGGAGGGGGGAAGAAUUGCACUAUUAUCAGUGGGAUUAUUGGAGAUAAAAUUUUCUUCUGUUUUUUCUUUAAAAUAGCGUUUCAGAGUUGCUUUUCGGACAAACUUGUUAAUGUCAAUAAAAGCCUCGAAGGAUUUAAAAGGGUUAGUUGGGGCAAACUUGAGACCUUUGUUUAAAACCGACAAUUGUGUUAUGGUAAGGGUUUUUUGGGAAAGAUUAAAAAUCCCACUGUUUAGAUUUUUAGGGGAACUUAUUUUCUUUCUAGUUUUUCUCUCUUGCUCCCGUCUUCCACUUCUUCUUCCUCUAGGCUUAAGGUUCUUUUUUGGGAUCGUGACGGGUGAGGUGUUUGAUUCAAAGUGCUUGGGUGAGUGCGAAUUUCUAAAAAAUUAUCCUCAUUUUCAAAUUCAGAAUCGAUUGAUAGCAAUUGGUACCUAUUGGAGUGGUAAGGGAUACUGGGUGAUUUAGGUUGCUCAAUUCGAUCGUUAAUAUAUUUGGAUCUUUGAUGUUUUGGUGAAAAGUUUCUCUUAUAUGAAUUGGUGGUAUAUUUCUUGGGUGGUGGAGAAUGUGUAUAUUUUGGUUUGUAAUGAGGUGGUAUUUGUGAUUGCUGGUAUUUUGGUCUGACUGAAGGUCCAACUUGGGAUCCGGAAUAGAAAUUAGUUGAUUGCUUGUGUGAUGGUUGGGGUUUAUCGGGUGACUGUGUGAAUUUCUUAUUAGUGUAAUUUUGAUAUUUAUUAUAGUUUUGGUGAUGAUAAUCUUGUUGGUGAGUGUUGAUAGUGUUUCUUCUUGUUUGGGGAAAUGUGUCAGUCCUUGUGUGAUGUCUAUUGGUUUGAGAAUAGUCCUUAUAGUUUUGUGUAUUAUAUCUCCUGUUAAGGUGAUAAGUGCGUACUUGUUUGUUUGAGUAAUCUGUCUUGUCCCUAAUGUAUUUCUUUAUCUUAAUAUGUUUCGUGUCUGUCUCAACUUUUUCAAUCUUACUCUGAAUUAAUAUGCAGUUUUGGUUAUAGGCUUGUGUUUCGGUGAAGGGUAAUAGUUUUUCUUUUAGGUUAUUGAUUUCUGAAUCUAAAAUGGAUAGUUUUUUACUUUUUUUUACAAUUAAGGUCUCCAUUAGGCCUAGGGUGCAUAGUUCCAGUUUAUUAUUCCAUUCUUCCAUGAAUUCAGGAUCAUCUUGAUCGGAAGUAGGUAAUUUGAGUAAUCUUAGACCUCGGGGGGUAAUUCUUUCAUCAAUGUAUUUUUUUAGGGUGGCUAUUUCCCAUUUUAAUUUGAUUUCUGAGGUAAGGGAUCUUUCUAAUUUAAUAAAAAGUUCUUCUUGGUUAAAAAUAGGGUAAUUUAUCUGAAUUGGGCUGAUUACCUCUGUGUCAAAUACAUUUUCGACAUCAAUAAUAUAGUUAUUCCUGUAGUCAAAUAUAGACAUGAUGGGAAACAAGUAGAAAAGCUGCUGACUCUAGAGGGAAUUAUACAGAUUGCAAAACAAAGGGGGGAGAAGAGUCUGCGCUAAACCGGAGGAGCAGCAACCCUAUAAGGGAAUCCCUCAAGAAACCCUUGUAGAGACAAUAAAAUACAAAAAGGGGGGAAAGGGCUGCGCUAAAAAAUAAUUAAUAGACAAAGUUCGUCUAAAAAAUGGAUAAAAACAGUCUCACUGAUAUGUGAUGGUAGGGUAAUAUUCCUCAGGUGUUGAUCCGUCCGUGUGGUGGCAGAUAGUCCAUAUAUGUGGAAAUAAAAACAGAUAAAGAGCUUCCAAUGGUGAAAUAUAGUACGUUUAGGUGUGAUGUAUAAAUCAAGAGAAAAGUAUUCCACUCACAUUUGUUGGAGCUUGAACCAGCUCUAGGAGAAGAGGCACUUAGUGGUUUAAUCCCCACUAUCGGAUAUACUUUAGUGAUGGGUCCGUCUUUUACAACUUUGGAUUUCCUUGAUGUAGGCUGGAACCUGCUCAGAUGUGUGUAGUUCUAUGGUGCUUGGGGAGAUAGGUCCGCCUCUCCAGUUUGGAAUAAUGGGUAUCCACGAAAUAUAUAAAACAGUAGAUAGUGCUCUCAGUAUGAACAGUAAAAAUAUUUUAAGAAAAUAAGUUAUACUUACAAGAAUAGAGCAGACAAAUACUGCUCUAUUACCACAGCGCUGGUGGAAUUAUCCCCACCUGAGGAUUUCUUUUGACAGGAUACACUUCAGGGUUAUGGUGUUUUAAGAAAUAAAAAUUAAAAAUAAAAUUUUUUUUUUAUAAAAAUAAAAAUAAAAAAUAAAAAGAUAUAGUAUAAAAACAAUGUAUGAAAGUGCCAGGAGUAGUUGAAAUGUAUAAAAUACAAUAAAAAUAAGUAUAAGAUUGGUCCUCGUAUAAAAGGCUAACCAAAAAUAACUUUUAUUGAUUUAAAAUACACUUUUUAAAACCAUUUACGCGUUUCACCUAUGAGGUUUUUUCAAAAUGGUAAAAGAACAAUACACCUGGCAGAGAACAGAAUUUAUAAGUUCAUACAGUAAUUGAAUUUGGCGCCAAAAUUUAGUGCACCAAUCAUAUUCAAUGAUUAAAACCGAACGAAAAUUACAUUAAGAAAUGAGUAAAAGACCAUAUAAAUACAAAGAUUUAAGCCUGAUUAGGCUUGGGUAAUACUAAUUUUAUAAAAACGAAGCUUUUAGAAAGUUUUAUUUUAAGUUGGUCCCGAUCACGUGAUCGGGACGUGCCGCGCAUGCGCGGACCGUCUAAAUAGGCGGAUCGCUUAGAGAUGUAAACAGAGGGCUCGGUGGCCGGCAUGGGAGCGCAAUGCUCCAUGGGAAAUGGAGUCCUGCCGGUCAUCGAGCUCUUAAGGGCAGAAAACAUAAGGGAUUGGAUUUUAAACAGUUUUACAGUAUUCCAAUAGAAGUAUUUAGCAGAAUCCAUUUUACAAUCUUACAGCAUUCCAAUAGAAGUAUUUAGCAGAAUCCAUUUUACAAUCUUACAGCAUUCCAAUAGAAGUAUUUAGCAGAAUCCAUUUAACAAUCAGGAUAAUAAUAAAGCUGCAAAUGCUAAAAAUACACAUACUGAAAAUAUAAAUACAGGUAUAUAAAUGUAUUAUGUAAUAUAUAAUCUCUGCAGUAUAAAUGCACUAAAAAUAAUUUAAAAGAUAAGAAUUCCAUAAAAAAUGAAACAGUAAAAGUGGGUAUUGUUAUAAAAAAUUAUGCAGAUCAAAAUCUGCAUUAAGUCCAUUAGGUGUUAAAGUCUGUAGUUUAUAAACCCACUCCAUCUCAAUUUUACCUAAAAUAUUUUUUAUAUCUCCUCCUCUCCAAGGUAAUGAGCAUUUUUUUAUACCCAUAUAUUUUAACAUUUUUGGGUCUUUGUUGUGGAUUAAAAAAUGUUUGGAUAAAGAGUGGUUUAAAUAACCAUUUUUUAUGUUCCUACAAUGCUCACCUAAUCUGAUUUUUAAACAUCUGGUGGUCAUCCCAACGUAUUGGAAACCACACGGGCAUUGUAGUAAAUAGAUAACGUUUUUGGUGUUACAUGUUAUAAAUUCUUUUAUUUUAAAAGUGGUUUUGGUUUUGUUUGAAGUAAAUUCUGUUAUUUUUGGUGGCAUUGUAGGAUCAGCGGUUUUACAUACAUUACAGUUUUUGCAUUUAUAAAAGCCUAGAGAUUGCGGAAAAAAGGAUACAGAGUUAUUAGAUUUAGUUUCUUUAGUAAAAUUGGUGGUAAGAAUAGAUUUAAAAUUAGGAGCCCCUCUAAAAAUUACACUAGGUUUUUCUGGAAUAAUCUUGGAGAGUUUUUCAUCGUGUUCUAAAAUGUGCCAAUGUUUCCGGAUAAUCUUUUGUAUUUCUUUGCUCUUAUUAUUAAAAUUAAAGAUGAUAGGGAGGGAUAUAGAGUCGUUUUUACUUUUGAGCUUAUACUUUAAAAGCUCAUCUCUAUUUUUAUUUUUUACCUCAUUGAUAUUCUCCAAAAGGGCUUUUUCUGGGUAAUCUUUCUCCAUAAAUUUGUUUUUGAGAGUAUUAGCUUGUUCUUCAAAAUUUUCUAGUUGUGUGCAAUUUCUGCGUAGUCUGAGAAAUUGACUUUUCGGGACACUGUCAAGCCAUGGUUUAUAGUGGCAGCUGUUCUUGUCAAUCACUGUGUUUACACAUACUUUUUUUAAAAAAGUUUUUGUAUUAAUUUUACCGUUUUUAAUAAAUAUAUUGAGAUCUAAAAAGUUUAUUUGUUCUCUACUAAACUCGUGGGUUAAAAUUAUACCCCUAUUGUUGGUAUUAAGAACAUUAAAAAAAGAGAUAAGAUUGUCUUCGGAUCCAUUCCAGAUAAAAAAAAAGAUCAUCAAUAUAUCUAAAAUAUGAGACCAGGUUUGCCCUUAAAUUGUCCCCAUUAUAGAUAACUGUAGAUUCCCAAUCUGCCAUAAACAGAUUGGCAUAGCUAGGGGCAAACCUGGUACCCAUAGCUGUUCCUCUUUUUUGGAGGUAAAAGGAAUCUAAAAACCAAAAGUAAUUGUUUUUUAAAAUAAUAUUAAUACCCUCUAAAAUGAAAUCUAUUUGUUCUUCCGGAAUUCUAUCUUCCUUUAAUAAAAUAUUUUUGAUGGCUUCACAUCCAAUGUUGUGGGGUAUAAUUGUAUAUAAUGAUUGGACAUCACAAGUAACCAGGAUAAAAUUGGGGUCCCAUUUAAAAUCAUUUAAAAAGUUUAAAAGAGACAUAGAGUCUUGAAGAUAAGAUUUCAUUUUUUUAACGGCAGGUUGUAAAAGAGUGUCUAUAUAUUGGGAUAGGUUGCAUAAAAGCGAAUUUAUCCCUGACACUAUUGGUCUGCCAGGGGGAUUAGUGUCAUUUUUGUGUAUUUUUGGCAGAAAAUAUAUUACCGGGAUUUUUGGAAAUUUUUUGUUUAAAAAGUUGUACUCUUGUUUAGUUAAAAUGGAUUGAGAUACACCUUUGUUUAAAAAAGUUAAAAAGAGAUUUUGAAUGGUCUUUGUUGGAUCUGAUGGAAGUUUCUCAUAGACAUCGGGGUCGUUUAACUGUCUAUGCGCUUCCUCUAUGUACAUGGCACUAGAUAGGAUGACUAGACCACCUCCUUUGUCGGCUGGUUUUAUCACAAUAUCUUUGUCUUCUUGUAACUCUCUAAGUGCUUUUCUUUCGUUGUUUGUUAAAUUUUGUGUAUCAUAUUUAUUAGUCUUUAACUUAUUUAGAUCGUUUGUAACUAGUUUCUCAAAAACAGAUAAAGGGGCAGUUUUCAUAAAAGCUGGAUAAAAUUUAGAUUUGUCUUUAAAAUGUGUGUUAAUAAUAUGUUUUCUCUGGGAGGGGGAGGGGGGAAGAAUUGCACUAUUAUCAGUGGGAUUAUUGGAGAUAAAAUUUUCUUCUGUUUUUUCUUUAAAAUAGCGUUUCAGAGUUGCUUUUCGGACAAACUAAAGAAAAAACAGAAGAAACACAGUGAUUGACAAGAACAGCUGCCACUAUAAACCAUGGCUUGACAGUGUCCCGAAAAGUCAAUUUCUCAGACUACGUAGAAAUUGCACACAACUAGAAAAUUUUGAAGAACAAGCUAAUACUCUCAAAAACAAAUUUAUGGAGAAAGAUUACCCAGAAAAAGCCCUUUUGGAGAAUAUCAAUGAGGUAAAAAAUAAAAAUAGAGAUGAGCUUUUAAAGUAUAAGCUCAAAAGUAAAAACGACUCUAUAUCCCUCCCUAUCAUCUUUAAUUUUAAUAAUAAGAGUAAAGAAAUACAAAAGAUUAUCCGGAAACAUUGGCACAUUUUAGAACACGAUGAAAAACUCUCCAAAAUUAUUCCAGAAAAACCUAGUGUAAUUUUUAGAGGGGCUCCUAAUUUUAAAUCUAUUCUAACCACCAAUUUUACUAAAGAGACUAAAUCUAAUAACUCUGUAUCCUUCUUUCCGCAAUCUCUAGGCUUUUAUAAAUGCAAAAACUGUAAUGUAUGUAAAACCGCUGAUCCUACAAUGCCACCAAAAAUAACAGAAUUUACUUCAAACAAAACCAAAACCACUUUUAAAAUAAAAGAAUUUAUAACAUGUAACACCAAAAACGUUAUCUAUUUACUACAAUGCCCGUGUGGUUUCCAAUACGUUGGGAUGACCACCAGAUGUUUAAAAAUCAGAUUAGGUGAGCAUUGUAGGAACAUAAAAAAUGGUUAUUUAAACCACUCUUUAUCCAAACAUUUUUUAAUCCACAACAAAGACCCAAAAAUGUUAAAAUAUAUGGGUAUAAAAAAAUGCUCAUUACCUUGGAGAGGAGGAGAUAUAAAAAAUAUUUUAGGUAAAAUUGAGAUGGAGUGGGUUUAUAAACUACAGACUUUAACACCUAAUGGACUUAAUGCAGAUUUUGAUCUGCAUAAUUUUUUAUAACAAUACCCACUUUUACUGUUUCAUUUUUUAUGGAAUUCUUAUCUUUUAAAUUAUUUUUAGUGCAUUUAUACUGCAGAGAUUAUAUAUUACAUAAUACAUUUAUAUACCUGUAUUUAUAUUUUCAGUAUGU